GGGGACCAGCAGUGCGGCGAAAGGUGAAGGAGAAGGAGAAGGAGAAUAUCUACGAGCGGAGAGACGUUUAGCAGCCAGUAGCAGCAGAAUGGAGAACCAGACGCAGGGAAACCCAGGAAACGACAACCUGAUCACGUCGUUUUGUGAGAUCACCUCAUCAUCGAAAGAAGAAGCUAUCUUCUUCCUCGAGAGCCACCAGUGGGACCUCGACUCCGCCGUCUCUACCUUUUUAGACAAUGCCACCGCGUUGCACCCUGUCGUUCCUCCUCCUUCCUCUCACGCUCCAACAGCUCCCUCUCCCUCUCACUCGCCGUCGCCGUCGCCCUCGCACUCGCCCGGCUAUUCUCCCUCUCCGUCUUCACCGUCUCGGUCCCGGUCCCGUUCCCCUUCCCCGGUCGCUUCUCGGGAUCCAUAUCGGCUCCGAUCGCGUCGCGGCGCCGAUAAACAGCCCGCCAAGCCCUCCGGGAGCAGACCGACUCGUGGCGUCCGCACGAUUGCCGAUCUGAAUCGGACUCCGUCUCAAGACUCUGAUAGCGACUCUGAUGAGCCACAGGAGUAUUAUACUGGUGGCCAGAAAAGUGGGAUGCUUGUCCAAGAUCCUACCAACUUCAAGGAUGUGGAUCGUAUUUUUGACCAAGCUAGACAGUCUGCUGUUGAGAGACCUGCUGAGCAAUUGCCUUCAAAAGUUAAGAGCUUCACUGGAACAGCAAGACUACUAUCAGGUGAGAGCCUUUCGGCUGCUCCUCAGCGGCCGGAAAAUGUCAUGCACAAUAUUACUUUCUGGAGAAAUGGAUUCACUGUAGAUGAUGGUCCAUUGCGGAGGUUGGAUGACCCUGCAAAUGCGUCAUUUUUGCAGAGCAUCUCAAAUUCUGAGUGUCCCAAAGAACUUGAGCCGGCAGAUAGAAGAAUCCAGGUGCAUGUUAAUUUGAUGAGACGGGAAGAAGACUAUAUUGAGCCACCAAAAAAGCGAACAUCAUUUAAAGGCACGGGAAGAACUUUAGGUAGCAGCAGCACAGCCACUGCUUCUGCUGCCAAUGAGCCAGCAACUAUCUCUACCUCCCUUAACACUGCACCAUUGCCAUCUAUGGGCCUAGUCGUGAAUGACUCGUUACCAACAACCUCGAUUCAGUUGAGAUUAGCAGAUGGCACGCGAAUGGUAUCA